AUGCGAUCCUUCGUCUGGCAGGUACUGACCGCUGGUCUGCUGGUCGCUCCUAUCUCCCUGGCCACUUGUCAAGCCCCUCCUCCUGGAAGCGUUGACACCCUGGCCAACGGAAACCAUUGGUCUCCUUCGCCUCAUGCUCAGCCCGGCAUCCCUCCUCCUCAAGGCCAGCAAGGCGAGCCUAUGCCUCAGGGUUCCCACGACCAUCCCGCUAUCUCUGGGCACGGCAGUCCUCCUGUUGGAUCCGUUUUCAACCCGAGAGAUGGGUGGGGAGGCUUCCAGCCCGAGUCCGGCUUCUCCGGUACGCCGACCAAGGCGCUCAUGUACACGUACGUGCCCAAGUCGUUCAAGAAGGGCAACCCGGUUGUAGUCGGUGUGCACCACUGCGCGGGUACGGGUCCGGGCUACUUCCGCGAGUACCCCGACUGGCCCAAGGCCUCCGAAGAGAAGGGCUUCAUGAUGAUCUUCCCCAGCUCGCCUGGUGAGACUGGUGCCUGCUGGGACGUCUCUUCCGCUGCUUCGCUCAGGCACAAUGGCGGCGGAGACUCUCAGACCAUCGUCAACAUGGUCAAGUACGCCCAGACCAAGUACGGCGCGAGCGACAAGAAGGUCUUCGUCGUUGGUCACUCGUCGGGCGCCAUGAUGACCGAGGUGCUCGCCGCGGCCUACCCGGAUGUCUUUGUCGCUGGCGCAGAGUACUCGGGUGUUCCAGCUGGCUGCUUCAAGACCAACAAGCAGGCCGGCGCUGAUUGGAACAGUGCCUGUGCUGGAGGUAACGUUCGUGAAUCGCCCGAGUACUGGGGUCAGCAAGCCAAGGACAUGUACCCCGAAUACAAGGGCUCCUACCCUCGUAUGAUGCUGGUGCACGGCAAGGCGGACCAGACCAUCAACUACGAGAACCAGGUCGAGGCCGUCAAGCAGUGGACCUACCUGCACCACCUCGACGCCAACAAGCCCACCAAGCAGUAUGACGACGCCCAGAAGCCCAACUACCAUGUCUCCGAAUACGGCCACGACGUCCUCGCCAUCUCUGCUGAUGGCGUCACUCACGACAACCCUGCCAGGGUCGACCUCACCGUGCAGUUCUUCGGGUUCACCGCCCAGGCACCGCAGCUCUCUGCAGCGGCUCGUCAGUCGCCGUUCCUCGAGGCGAGGGCUGUGCACCCAACGGAACGGACAGCAUUAUUCGCCGAUGCCAUGCACUGGCGAUCAAUCUCUGCAACUCAGCCCGUGCUUCUACGGCGUAAUUUAGAAGGCGGCAUCAUUACUAACCGUGUUGCGCCCGUUGGACCGCUCCACCACCGCAGCCGGCUGCUCGGAUCACUUCGCUCGGCUAGGUGUGCAGCGCUACCGGCACUCCGCCGACUCACCUCCCCGUUCCGUGAUUCCGUUGGAGACCACUCUGCCUUGCCGCGAGCUGAGCCGGCGGUGGAGGCAGCACAGGCCCUCAGCCGUCGCUUCGCCAAGCAAUACCAUCGGCAGGUCCGUUCCAUGGAGGCUCUGACGUCCAGGAACGCCUCCACCUCGGAAGCUGAGACGUACCGCGCAGUUCCGCCACUGUCCCUCCCCGAGGUUGCCAGACGUCGCACAAAGCACUUUGCUCUACAUGACGACCCUCGCCACCGGCUUUUGCCCGUCCGUCAAUCAUAG